AUGAAUUUAAGUAUUGGUAAAAUAGAUUUAAACAAUAUUUAUGUGGAUAUUUUAAAUAUUCAAGAAACACUAGUAAAUCACAUUCAAACUAUUGUUACUCAUGUUUAUAAUUUAAUAGAAAAAGCAAUAUAUACAAAUAUAGAAAAAAGAGAAUUAUUAAUAGAUACAUAUGACGUUAAUUUUGUGUAUGGCACAAAUAAGGUAAAUAACAAUAAUAUUACGAACAAUCUAACAUAUUUUAAGAACACAGAUGAAGAGGUAGAAAAUAAUAAAAGAAAUGUAUGUGUAAAUGAUUUAUUUAUAAAAAAGAAAUUUGUUAAAUAUAAUAAAAGUAACGAAAAUUAUAAUUUGAAAAAUGAAAAGGAAUUAAAUAGUAAAAAUGAUCUUGAAUUCUCAAGAGAAAAUUCACGACAAAAUAUAAAUAUUCAUCAUAAAAUACAUAAUUACGAAGAAAAAAAUAUAACGAAUAACCAUAAAAACCAUGAUGAUAGUAAUAUAGAAAAAAUUAUUUUAAAUGAUAAUAUCCAUUAUAAAAAAAUAAUUACUUCAGAUGAAGAUAAUAAUAACACUAUUAAAAAUAUGUUAAAUGUAAUGGAUGAUAAUGUAAAAAAAAUUAACCUAAAUAAAGAUAAUAGUGAUAUAAAUAAAAAAAAUAUUCCUAGUGAAAUGAAUAGUAGCACAAAAGAAAAUAAUUUAAAUGAAAAUAAUGAUUAUAAAAAAAAAUACACUUUAAAUGUAGACACUCAUUUGAAGAAUAAAAAUAUUGAUAAUAUAAUAAAUGAAAAUAAGUUAAAACUAAAAAAGCAUAUUACUUUAUUAGAAUUAAUAAAAUAUGUUAUUAUGUAUUCUAAUAAAUCAAAUAAUGAAAAUAUAGAAAUAAAAAGUGAUAUUAAUAAAAAAGAACAUGUAAACUCAACAAUUUUGGCAGAAAGUUAUAAUGAUAAAUUAAAAGGUAAUAUAGAAAUUUUUAAAUUUGAUUUAAAUAGUGAUAUAUCAAAUUAUAAUUUUUGUCACAUUAACUUAUCAAAUAUAAAAAUUAAAUAUAUAAAUAUAAUUAGUUAUUAUAUGGAAUUAUUGUCACCUUUUAAUAAAUUUUAUGAUGAAAAAAAUAAUGAUAAUAAAGAAGACGAGAAAAAUUUGAAAAUAAUAAGAAGUAAAUUAGACGAAAUAAUAUUAAAUUAUGAUUAUAUUGUUGACGAAAUUCUAAAAAAGAAUAAUUUUAGUGAAUUAUCAGAAGAAUAUUUAAAUAAUUUAAAAAAAAAAAUUAUUCAAGGAAACUUUCCAGAAAAUAAUAAAAAUAAUAGUGAUAUUGAAAAUAGAUAUUUAAAUAAUAUAUACAUUCCCAGUAUUAACAAAACUAUAGAAGACAAAAAACCUAGAAAAAUUAAAAAUAUUCCAAAUAAUUUUUUAAAUAAUGAUAAUAAUAAUAAUAGCAUUAUAAGUAAGCAUAUUUUUUAUAACACUUUCCCAUAUUUUUGUAAAAAUAUGAAUGAAAAAAUAAACAACAACUUUUUAUAUAAAAUAAAUAUAUUUAAUAAUCGCGAUAUAAAUGGCAUAAAUUUUGAUUAUUUUAAUAAAGGAAAAAUAAAAACAGUGAAUUCACUAAAUAAAAAAAACUACUUUAAUAAAACUGUAGAAAAUACAUUUAUGCGAAAAGACCAUGAGCAUUCAAAUUUCAUUCAAAACCAAAAUAAUUUACUGGAAUUACAUAAAAAUAAUUUGAAUUGUAAAAAAUUGUAUAACAUAAAUAAAAUGAAUUCAUUUAUUUUGAAUUUGAGAGAUAUGAAUAACUUCAGUGCAACUAAAGAUAAUUCGUGUAAAAAUAAAAAUAAUGGGGAUGAAAAAUUAAAAGAAGAUCAAGAGAAAAUAAAUUAUGUUAUUUGUGGUUACGAUAAUACGAAAGAUAUGAAAAUCCUUAAAUCUCAACAAUUAGGUGAUCUAAAUUAUAAGAAUGAUUUUAUUCCAAUUCACAUAAUUAAUGAUAUGAAUAAGGAAUAUAUAUGCAAAUUAAAUAAUAAUAAUACAAGUAAAAGAACAUUCAAUGAAAAUGAAAAGAUAUUACAUUAUGAUUAUGAAUAUCUAAAAAAAUUUCAAACAGAAAACAAAAUUGUAGAUGAUCAUAAGGUUUCCUAUUUGGAACGAAAUAAUAUACAUAUGAUUGGAGAUUACAAAAAUAGUAGGAAAAUUAAUAAUGAAGUAACAAAAAACAGUGAAGUUAAUAAACAUAAUUUAUUUUCAGUUAAGGAAUUAAAAUAUUCCAGAAAAAAUAAUAAUAAUUGUGAUUUUUUGUUUUGUAAAGAAUCUAAUAUAAAAAAUGAUAAAAAUAAAUUAAAAUAUAAUGAAGAAAAAAAAGAAAAUAUAAGCUUACGUGAAAAUAUAAUAAAUAAUAUAGAUGAGAAAAUAAAUAUUAACAACAAAGAGUGUUGCAUAAAUCAAAAUCUUACAAAUGGUAAAGAAGAUAAAAUUUAUGAGUAUAUGUAUCAUAUAAAGGAUGAAAGUCAUAAAAUUGAUGAUAAUAUUGACAGAAAAAAAGAAAUUAAUUCGAAUAGUGUUUCUACUGAGGAAAUCAAUAACUCAAACAGGAAUAAUUUUAAAGGUCAUUUAAGUUUAAAAAAAAAAUAUAAUUUUGAAGAUGUUGAAAAUUAUAAAAAUUUAUAUGUAUGUAGUAAUAAUAUAAAUCAUCUAAGUAGUUAUAACAAUGAUAUAAUUCAAGUUUAUAAUAUGAAUAUAUCAAAUGACAUUUCAAAUAAAAAAAAUAAUAAUGAAAUAAAAAAUGAUAAUAAAAUACAUAAUACAAAUAUUAAAAACAUGGGCAUUGCUUUAUUAAAUCAAAUAGAGAAUAACUCAUUAUUGAAAUCAAAAGGUGACUAUAAAAAUAAUAGAAACUUUGGUUAUAUGCAACUCUCCCAUAAUAGGAAUUAUGAUUGUACAAGUAACAGUAAUAAUUAUAGCUACAUGUCCGAUAGCAAUAGCAAUAAUAAUACCAUUAAUGAUUAUGAUGAUAAUAGCAACAAUAAUAUAAGUAAUAAUAACAAUAAUAAUAAUGAUAAUAAUAAUAAUAAUAAUAAUAAUAAUAAUAAUAAUAAUAAUAAUAAUAAUAAUAAUAAUAAUAAUAAUAGUAAUAAUAAUAAUAAUAAUAAUAACAGUAAUAAUGACAAUAAUAAUAAUAAUAGUAAUAAUAACAAUAACAAUAAUAAUAAUAAUAAUGAUAAUAAUAAUAAUAAUAAUAGCAGUAAUAAUAAUAAUAAUAAUAAUAAUAGAAGUAAUAAUAAUAAUAAUAGCAGUAAUAAUAAUGAUAAUAAUAAUAAUAAUAAUAAUAAUAAUAAUAAUAAUAAUAAUAGUAAUAAUAACAAUAAUAAUAGUAAUAAUAACAAUAAUAAUAAUAAUCAUAAUAAUAAUAAUAAUGAUAAUAAUAAUAAUAAUGAUAAUAAUAAUAAUAAUGAUAAUAAUAAUAAUAAUAGCAGUAAUAAUAAUAAUAAUAGCAGUAAUAAUAAUAAUAAUAGCAAUAAUAAUAAUGAUAAUAAUAAUAAUAAUAAUAAUAAUAGCAAUAAUAAUAAUGAUAAUAAUAAUAAUAAUAAUGAUAAUAAUAAUAAUAAUGAUAAUAAUAAUAAUAAUAAUAAUAAUGAUAAUAAUAAUAAUAAUGAUAAUAAUAAUAAUAAUGAUAAUAAUAAUAAUGAUGAUAAUAAUAAUGAUGAUAAUAAUAAUGAUGAUAAUAAUAAUGAUGAUAAUAAUAACAAUAAAGAUAGUAAUAAUGAUAAUAGAAGCAAUAGUAACAGUAACAGUAACAAUAGAAAUGACAAUAAUGAAGAUGAUAACAGUAACAGUAGUAAUAUUAACGCUAAUAAUCAUGAUGAAAAAAUGGAUAACGAUAAGAAAAGUGAUGAUGUUGAGAUUAAUAGUAGUAGUUUUAAAAAUAACAUUGUUAACCCCAUGAGUAACAAAUCCAAUUCAGAAAAAAAUAAUUUGUAUGAGUCUUAUAGAAAUUUAAUAGAAAAUCAUAAUGAAAAUAAAAUGACAAUAAAUGAAGAGAAAGUAAAAACUAUUUUAGAAGAUACCGAUUUAAUAGAAAAAAAUAAAAAUACUAUUAAAGGAUACACAAAUGUAAAUGAAUAUAAUGACUUCAAUGAAAAUUCAAUAAAUAAUAAUAUAAGUAAUUUAUAUAGUUUUUAUAGUAAUUUAAAUAAGAAAUCAACUAAUACAAACACAGAUAUAUUGAAUAACGGAAAGUGUGGGAAAAUAAUACCAAAUAAUUCAUUGGAAGAAUUUGACAGUAUAAAUAAAGACAUGAAUGAUUUAAACAUAAAUAAUAAUUUAAAAAAUUAUAAUAAUGAUAUAAUGAAUAAUGAAAUGUACUCAUCGUAUUUUGAUAUUUAUAAUAAUUUUAACGAAAAAAAUGGGAUAAAUAAUAAUUUGAUUGAUUUUGAUAAAAAUAAUAUAGAAUAUGACUUGAUGAACUUUGCUAAUAAUACGUAUGUGGAUAUUCAUAAAAUUCUUCAAAAUAAUGAUAUAUUAAAAAGUGAAUAUACAAAUAUAGAAGAAUCAUUUAAACUAUUUCCUAAUUUUAUACAUAAUAAAAAAGUAAAAUUAAAAAAUCCUAAUGAAGAUAUUCCUCAAAUGUAUAAUAAUUAUAAAAAUGUGUUAAAUUCAGAAAGAGUUCUAAGGAAUGAAGAAGAUAUAAAUCAAUUAAAUGAAAAUUUUUGUCAUAAUAACAAUGUUCAUAAUAAUAUGGCACCUAAUGCUUUAAAUAAUAAUAUGAUUAAUAAUGGUUUUGAUAAUAAUAUAGAUAAAAUUAUAGAUAUAAUGAAUACAAAUAAUGGUAUUAAUGAAAAUAAUAUGAAUAAUUUUUCAAUAAAUGAAGAAAGUUAUAACAAUGAAAAAAAUGAAAUAAAUUUUCCUUAUAAUAUUAAUAAUUUUGAAACAAAUGCAUAUAAAAAGUCAAAAGAUAAAAAAAGAAAAAUUAGUUGCAUUAAUGACAGCAACGAUAUGUUUCCUGAAGGACCAAAAAUAGGAAAUAUUUUAGAACAUUCUAAUACAAAAAAAUAUUAUAAAAAUAGUGAAGAUAAAAAAAAAAAGUAUCAAAAAAUAGAUAUAAGAACACUAAAUAAAAAUGUUCAAAAAAAUAAAGAAAUAUGUACUAAUUGUUAUAUUCAUUAUGAUAAUUUUAAGUCAAGUUAUAUUUUAACAUUUAUAAAUAGGAAACAAAAAAAACAAAGAAAAAUAUUUCCGGUAGAACCAAAUGAAAAAGAUGAAGCUUAUAUAAUUCAAAUUAUGAAAUAUAUAGAAAAAUUAAAAGAGCAAGAUAAAAUAUAUGGAGUUACAAAAAAUGAAGAAAUUGAAGAAUUAAAAAUGAAUAAAAUAAAUUUAAAUAAAAAUGAUGAUUUUUUUGAUUUUAAUAAUAUAGAUAGUAUUAAUAACAAGAUAAAUUAUACGAAUAAAGAUUAUUUUUUAAAUAAUAAAUCAAUGGUUAAUGAAUGCAUUGAUAAUAAUUUGACAAAAAAUAAUGAAAUGAGUACAAAUCAUGGUAAUGUACUAAAUAAUAAAAUAAAUAAUUUUAUGAAUCCUUUUAAUGAUCAUUUGUAUCUUUCUUCUAACAAUAUAAAUUAUAUACAUGAAAACAUACCAUCUAUGAAUAAUAUAAAUAAUUCAGAUUGUUUAAAAAAUAUUAAUCCUAAUAUUUCAAAGAAUAUGCAUAUUUAUGAUGAUAUAAAUAUACCUUCUAAUAUUGAGUUCAUGAAUUUUAAUUUGCUAAAUGAUGCAAACAAAUUUGAAGGUUUCAAUUUAAUUAACGCAUUCACAAAUAACACUCAAAACUUAAACAUGUUCUAUACAAAUGAAAAAAAAAAUAAUUUAACUAAAUCAGUUAAUGUCAAUUAUUUAGAUGAAGUUAAUAUAAUAGACAAUAUUAAUAAUAAUAAUUAUAAUUCCUUUCCGUAUAAUUUAUGUGAAAGUAGUUUAAUUCAUAACAUGAAAAACAUUAUUUAUCCUUAUGAAAACGACAUUAGUACAAUGAAGCCACUAAAGAAUAACAAUAUUAAUGAAAAUGAUGAAAUAAAUUCAAUUAAUAUGCUAAGUAAUAUUAAUAUUUCUAAUUUUCAUAAUAUGUCUACUAACAAUGAAAGUGAAAUAAUGCAAAAGUAUAAUUCUAUCAUGAAUGAAUAUGAUAGGAAUGUUUUAAACAAUUCAAAUUAUAGUGAAAACAGUAUAGAAAAAAAUAUUUCAGAAGAUAAUAAUAUGGAACAUAAUGAAUAA